GUUUGCGCCACUCCGCCUCCACCGCCGCCGCCACUCCCAUUCGCUCGUCUCCUCCAACCCUAAGCGAUGACGAAGGGUACCGGCAGUUUCGGCAAGCGCCGGAACAAGACCCACACGCUCUGCAUCCGCUGCGGCCGCCGCAGCUUCCACCUCCAGAAGAGCACCUGCUCCUCGUGCGGCUACCCCGCCGCCCGCAUCCGCAAGUACAACUGGAGUGUGAAAGCCAUCAGGCGCAAGACCACCGGCACUGGAAGGAUGAGGUACAUGCGCCACGUGCCUCGCAGGUUCAAGAGCAACUUCAGAGAAGGUACCGAGGCUGCCCCCAGGAACAGGGCCGCGGCCAACUAGGUCUGGAUUUUGCCCCAGCAGGAAUCCCGUGAAGCUAGAAUUUAAAGACUUUUGCUUGGAUUGUACCCCACCUAAACUAUUGUUGCUAUAGAAUUGAGUAUGGAUCUGAUAUGUUUUGUUGCAUGGGUUUGGAAAUUGACCGCUGAAUCGAAGACCAAAUUUGUCUGAAUGUUACAAGUA